AUGGUGGACAUGGAGAAUAUAUCAGCGGUUGUGUUCCGUAGAAUGUGUCAUGAAGUGGGAACAUCACUGGAAGUUCUAGCCAAAAGAGAUGUUUUGGAUCUCAAAAUUAAACUCGCAAAUCAAACAAGAUCAAAUCAUGACAACGAUUUCAUGACAAGUGGAAGUAGAAGAGAAGGUUUAAGACUGGAGGAAUCAGAUGUAGACGUUAUGUGCUGGCCAGACAAUUACCGUGUAAUCUCGGAAGUUCAUCAGUCUCAGCGUUACAUUCACAGGAAAAAACUGAUUCUCUGUGACGGUUCCGAAAGUCCGCCAGGAUUCACCUUAUUAUAUAUGCUUUCACCCCCAAUAUUAUGUAGUGAGAUCAAGGAAGCUUUUGUUAGAAUGAAUAACAGAGAUUACAUUUCUAGUUCUAAACACAAAGCGAUCAUGUGUUCUGCAGAAUCACAAAUAUCCACUCUCCAUGGACCUUGUGUGAGUAGAUUUCAUGGAAUACUAGGAUAUGAUUUUGCUCACUGUUUUGCAUCUGAUAUUUGGCCACCAUCUGCCUCCUCAUGGAUAGACAGAAGUCACUCAUGGCCCCAGUACCAUAUAGUUGAUGAUAUAGUAAGAAGUGGAUGCCACUUUGUAGCAAUUGGACAUAAAGUAGGAAGACAUGAACAUAACGAAUGGAGAAUUUCUUUCUCUUUGGCAGAACAAAAACUUGUGUAUGCAAUGAACCACUGCCAGUUCUUAACAUACGGUUUGCUUAAGUUGUUUUUAAAUAGAAUAAUUAACAAUGGAUUAGGUGAUGAUGAAAAAUUACUGUGUUCCUAUCACAUGAAGACGGCGGUUUUCUGGGUCAUUCAACAAAAUAUGAUACCUCAAUGGUCUCCACAUACUCUCCUCUACAGUUCCUGGGUCUGUUUUAAACUCGUCCUCAAAUGGGUGUAUGAAGGGGACUGUCCUAACUUUUUUAUUCCGAGUAACAACAUGUUUCUGAGUAAUAUAUAUGGUGAAGCCCAAAAUGUUUUAUUUUUAAGACUGUAUGAACUGUAUAAGACAGGUAUAAGAUCCAUGCUAGACACUCUCUCCAUUAUGUCAUGUAAUGAAUGCAUAGCUUUCCUUCGUGAUCCUAGUUUUUCCUGCUGUGCAGAUGAAAAUAUCCAGUUUUCUGAAGCUGAUUUUGAUGUCAUGUUAUUUAGAGAAAUAGAAAGCAAUGAAUCUCUGCCCGUAUUAAACGUACAAGGAUUCAUAAAGUAUCUGCAAAACAAUAUAUUAGAACGGGCGAUUGAUACACCCCUGACAAAGUAUCAAGUCAGUGUACUACAGACAUUUACAAACUCUGUCCUCCAGAAUCUAGCUUUUGUAUUACAUAUGAAUACUUAUACACAAGGAAACAAACUUAAAUACAGAGCUGACAAAAAGUCCUGUCACAUUCUGAAAUUAGCAGCCAAGUUUGGUUGUAUUUCAGAUAUGCUGUACAUAGCCAUGUAUUAUUACAAGACAUUAAGAUACAAGGAAACAUUAUUUAUUAUAGAGGUGAUAAAGGUCAAACUAGCACAGCCAUACGUGAUGCACAAUUAUAAUGUCGAUGAGGAGAUGUAUGCGGAGGCUUUGGCGGGUCAGUCCUGGUCUACAAAGAUGAGACAAGCUGUAGCAUGGGAUCUAAAACUUAAGAAUGAAAUUAUAUACAUCACUGAAUUGAUACCAGAACAACAGUCCAGUCAACAGAAUAAUGUGCCUUAUUUAUAUGUUCCACCCUUCGUUAUGUUAUACAUGCUAGAAGUUUUCUGCUGCCAACAUGUAAACACAAUCAGAGCACAAGCAGCUUUAGAUGAUUUGCGGACCCUGAUUCACUAUGAUCAUGGACACUUUAUACCUAUAAUUGCCAAAAACUUAGCAUGGCAAAUUUUGGGGAUUUGUCAACAGAUGACAGGAAACUUCCAGGAUGCUCUAUACUCAUACCAACAAUCCCUCAGAGAAUAUCAACUCCACAGUAUACAAACUGCUACAGAAAUGAGAAUACAAGGAAUCCAUUUACAAAAUCAAUAUCCUCGUUGA